AUGGGGAAGAACAGCUUCAAAGUUGAAUUCUACUUAAUUUUCUUUCUUUCUUUGAUAAUAUUGCUUGUAGAAGGCAGUAGUUCAGGGACUAAAUUGAUCAAUAUUGGUGCAGUUGUGGAUUUAGAAGCAAUUCAAGGAAAAAGCUGGGAUGAUAGGGUUGGCAAAUCAGGGUUGAGCUGCAUUAAUAUGUCCCUCUCAGACUUUACUCACACUCAUCCUCAAUUCCCAGCUGAUAUUGUUUUCCACACCACAGUCAUCCCUAGAAAUAGUACUGUUUUAGCAGCUACAGCAGCUACGGAGUUGAUAAAAGAGAAGAAAGUUGAAGCAUUGUUCCUCGGACCAGCAACACCAGCUCAGACAAAUUUCAUCGUUGAACUUGGACAAAAAGCUCAAGUGCCUAUAAUUUCUUUCUCAGAAACCAGUUUUUCUCUUCACCAAUAUUCCAAACCAAAUCCCUAUUAUUUCAAAUCUACAAUACGCAGCGACCCUAAUCAAGCCAAAGCCAUAACCAAGUUAAUUAAAGGUUUCGGAGUCACAGAAGCUGUGCCCAUCUACGUUGACGACGAAUACGGACAGGGAGUCAUUCCUCAUUUUACCGAAGCUUUCCGAUCCGAAGAUAUUCAUGUUCCGUGCUGGAUUCCAGUUUCUCCAUCAGCAACUAACGAUCAAAUUUUUAAAUCGCUCGAGAAGUUGAAAAAUUUGCCGCCUAGGGUUUUUGUUGUGCACAUGUUUCCGGAUCUUGGCUUUCGGUUUUUUGCAGUAGCAAGAGAGUUAGGAUUGAUGAAGGAAGAAUAUGUCUGGAUAGUGACCGAUUUGAUGGCUGAUUUCUUGGUUUCGUCGGAAUCUUCAGUCAUGGAAGGUGUAUUUGGUGUUAAACCCUAUGUUCCUGAAACAAAAAUGUUUAAAAAUUUUGAACUCCGAUGGAAAAUGAAGCUUUAUUCUGACUUGGUGGAUGCACCGAUGAAUAUAUACGGACAAUUAGCAUACGAUGCUGCAACGGCUUUGGCAAAGGCAUUUGAGAAAUUAUUAGCGGAUGAAUCGGAAAUCUAUUGUUUCGGGGACGCAAAUUGUAAUGCGUCCGAGUCGGCACAAAAUGGUCCGGCACUUAUUCGAGCCUUAGGUGAUACGAGUUUCGAAGGCCUGACCGGCGAUUUUCAUAUAUCUAAUCGGACAUCGGAACUUCAGUUAGUUAAAGUGGAUUCCGACGGUGUAGUAAAAGGAGUCGGAUGUUGGACGACCGAAGAAGGGCAUAAUUCGAGUUGUGCUCCGACGAACUGGGGACUUCAAAAGGUGGCAAGAAUGAGAGUGGCGGUACCGGAAAAACAAGGGUUCAGACAAUUUGUGAAUGUAACAAAAAUACCUAACACGGACAAUUACAGCAGCACCCCAACAGGAUACUGCAUUAGUCUUUUCAAAACUUUGAUUCAAUCAGUUCCUCACAGUGGCGAACCUGAGUACAGCAUGUUCAGCGGAAGCUAUGAUGAGUUGGUCGAUUUAGUGCAUCAAGGGAAAUUUGACGCGGCCGUGGGGGACGUAACGCUUACGGGCGACAGGUCGAAAUUAAUAGACUUCACUCUGCCAUAUAUGAACUCCGGCGUAUAUCUGAUACUGCCGGUGAGAGAAAAUUUGGUGGAUACGGCAUGGGAGUUCACCAAACCCUUGACCGGUCGACUUUGGCUGGCCACGUUUUGUUUCUUUAUUUUCAUUGCGUUCGUGGUUUGGGUUCUUGAACAUAGAAUCAAUGAAGAUUUUCAAGGUCCUCCUUCACGUCAAAUUGGCACCAGCUUUUGGUUUUCCUUCUCCACCAUUGUUUUCUCUCAACGGGAAAGAGUGGUGAGCAACUUGGCUAGAACAGUAGUGAUCAUAUGGUGUUUUGUUGGACUGAUUCUAACCCAAGCUUACACGGCGAGUUAUACCAGCUAUCUGACCACCAAAAAAUUUCAGCCAAAUCUUGAUCUGACUAAACUCAUGAACCAGAACGUGGGCUAUCAGAACGGCUCGUUUGUUGAAAACGUGUUGACAGGUUUGGGUUUUAAUGGAAUCAUUGCGUACGACUCUGCUGAAGAAUGUCACCAACUUCUUAUCAAUGGUAAAAUUGCUGUUGCCUUUGACGAAUUGCCCUAUGCAAAACUCAUUGUGGAACAGAGCUGCGGCAACUACACCAUGAUCGACACUUCACUGUUAAAAGCUUCAUAUUGGAGAAGAAAUGUCACCAUGAUUUCCAAAUUUAGAACUGAUGGAAUUGGCUUUGUAUUCCCCAAAGGUUCUCGUCUGGCACCUCUAGUGUCGACAGCUAUGUUAGAAUUGAUGGAUCAUGGAGAAUUCAAAGAACUGGAGGAGAAAUGGUUUGGCGACAAUUCUUGUGACUUGAAAAAUGGUUCCGAUAGACUUGAUAUCACAAAUUUCAUGGGCUUAUUCUUAAUUUCAGGAAUAGUUUCUUUUCUAGCUCUCUUCAUUUACAUUACAAUGUUUGUUUACCAAUAUAAAAAUGCUGUGAUGCCUCCUGAUUCGAAAACUUCGACAUGGAAUGCGAUUUGCCACUUGUUAAAGAUUUUUAACCAAUCCGAGCAUCAUACUUCAAAGAAAGAUGAGCAUGCCCCUGCAAAUUCUCCUGUUGAGAAAGAGGAACCAGAGCAGCCUGAUCAAAAUUCAAAUAAUCGGCCACUCGUAAAUCCCGUUGCUAUUCGGGAGCACCCUGAUCAAAGUUCAAAUAACCAAUCACCCGUAGAUCCGGUUUCUAAUCGGGAGCAUCCAGAUCAAAAUUCAAAUAAUCAGCCACCUGUGGAUCUAGUUGAUAACACAAAUCAAGAAAUACAAAGUAGCAGAGAUUUUGAUCACACUGUUGAGCUUUCCUGAAGCACCAGCCGAAAUCAAGAAAAUAUUUGAUUGGUAUAUAUAGUAAGAUUAUGACAUUAGUUUUGCUUUGUAAUAUAUAGACAAGUGAGUUAAGAGUUAUGUAAGUAUCAGAAAAUGAACAUUAGCGACUGAUUGCCAUAUUUGUAAAAUUUAGCAUGAAAUGAUAUAAUAUCUUUCUAUUGUUUGAAAAAUAAA